AUGAGUGGAGAGAAUACGGGGCGUCUGCCAGCUCCGGAGUCCACAGACAAAGCAAUGAGUGCCCCCGGUCUUCCAGGCUCAACCCAUGAGUCGCCCGAUCAGGUUCGUGGCACCGAUGCGACCGAGAUCCAGGAUGCCUCCGUCGCGCCGUCCACUUCGGACCCCGUGUCUUCCUCUGUUGACCCAGCCGCGAGCGCGUCCGCCGCGGAGGAAACAACCCCAAAGAAACGCCAUCUGUUGAUCCCGAUUCCAUCGCGCCGAUCUUCGAAAACCAAUAAACAGUCGGCCUCCGAGGAGGCGCAAGAGGAGCCCCGAAGGGGUUCCAAGGUGAGCAUCCUCCGGGGAAAGCGGGACCACAGUCGGGCCAGCAGUAAACGGUCGCGCCGGACUCAGGACGAAACGAAUACGGAGGAAGGCAAGGAAACGGCAGCGACGCCCGAGACCAGCCCUUCAAAGCCGCAGAAAAAGGGAGCCUCCAAGUUUCUGUCGUUCCUGGGUUGUUGUUCUUCUUCGGAUGUGGAUGCCGACGAUGCUGCUUUGCCUGCGAAAAAGACUACCAUGCGGCCGACUACGUCGAACCGACUGCCCACCCCUGACAAGACGGAAGCCCGCACCGGUGACUCUAGCACCGCGGAAUCCAGAGAGCCGUACUUAGAUGAGAAGGCAAACUCCACUGUUAGCACAGAUCAGCCGAGAGAGGAGGAGGAGCGUAACGCUCAGCCGAUUCCAGGUGGCGCGCAAGUCGAAGGACCUUCUAGGGUUGCUCAGCCGGAAGCCUCUGGCCAAAAGACCCAGCAACGUGAAGAGACCCACGUGCCUGCUCAAACUGUCGUUGAUACAGUAUCUGAAUCGAAAGCAAACGAGACAACUCAAAGCUCAGAUGAUCAAACACACGCCGAGACUGAAGACCUGACUCCUGCCCCCACCUCAACCGCGCCAACCCAAACUAUGUCUAAAAAGUCACUCGAUACCGAAACCCGCGAAGAUAUUCCCAGUCACCAAGAAGAGACCCCGCAGCCAGCUAUGGUGCUCCCUCCACCCCCUCCAGCUGCCCCCGCACCUCCGGCUCGGGUAUACCCCGAGGACGUUCCUCGCCCAUUGCUCCCCGCAGUCCCAGCCCACUUGAGCGGCAGGAAAUGCUUGGUUUUGGAUUUGGAUGAGACGCUUGUCCACAGUAGCUUCAAGGUUUUGGAACGCGCCGACUUCACCAUCCCGGUCGAGAUUGAAGGCCAGUAUCACAACAUUUAUGUGAUCAAGCGUCCUGGUGUGGAUGCUUUCAUGAAGCGCGUUGGCGAACUUUAUGAGGUGGUAGUAUUCACCGCUUCAGUCUCAAAGUACGGUGACCCUCUCCUUGAUCAACUGGACAUCCACAAUGUUGUACAUCACCGUCUGUUCCGUGAGAGUUGUUACAACCACCAGGGAAACUAUGUCAAGGAUCUUUCUCAAGUCGGUCGAGACUUAAAAGAAACGAUUAUCAUCGACAACUCCCCCACCUCUUACAUCUUCCACCCUGAGCACGCGAUCCCCAUCAGUAGCUGGUUCUCUGACGCUCACGACAACGAGCUGCUCGACCUGAUCCCUGUUCUGGAGGAUCUUGCAGGCACCCAAGUCCAAGAUGUCAGCAUGGUCUUGGAUGUCAGCUUAUAG